AUGGUUCUCGCCGUUGAUCUCCUCAACCCCAGCCCGGCUGCUGAGGCCCGCAAGCACAAGCUCAAGACCCUUGUGCCCGGUCCCCGCUCCUUCUUCAUGGACGUCAAGUGCCCUGGGUGCUUCAUCAUCACCACCGUCUUCUCCCUCUCCCAGUGA